AUGAUGUGGGGAGGACCUCAGGGCACUACUGAGGAGCCCAACUCCGUUACUUGCUCUUUGGAAGAUGUGGCGAAGAAACCACAUUUGGACACAAGCACCGUGACAGAUUCGCGAAAAUGUGAGCUUAAUGAAAGCACGUGCAGGGAAUCGAAAGGAAAAAAUACUGACGAGCAUUCAGCAAAGGGAGAAUGCAGACGUCUGGCAGCUGGUCUUAUACAUAUGGUCUUCAACCGACAACAUUCCAUAUUCGAGGUGACAAAGAAAAGUAAGAACUAUCUCGCUGUCAUGGGUGUGCCUUUAAAGAAUGGUGGUCACGUUCUGUUUCCGGAAGAGGCCGUUUUUCUGAUUGAGCACUGUAAUGCGUGCGGUACCGAAGAUGGUCGUCUGCUCACUCUCCACGAUGGUUACCGUAUUCUCGGUGAAUGUGGGAUAUCUAUGCAUGUUUAUCGUGCGUACACAUCUCUUCGGCAAGUAGGAUUCGUGGUGCUACGUCCAAAUCGUGCUUCUGUGCAUUCUCUUCUCUUGACCCAAAAAGUGCCUGUCCCACAGCAAUUAUCCAAGUGUGAAAGGUAUCCUGAACAUCUGCUCGACUGCUUCCCUUCAUUGGAACACCGCCAACUAUUCAUGCCUCAUCUUCACCGUAACCUAUUGUUCGUUCCGAUUCCAGAUCUUCGUGAUUUCAAAAUCAACUAUCGCGGUUUCGCUAAGAUACGACGGCCCCAACGUAGUUUUCACAAAGCAAUGAGACCUCGCUACUGGCCUGAGUUUGAUGAAAUACGUAGCGCAGCUUCAACUUGGCAACACUUUGGUCGACUCAAAAGAGAACUCAUCGAAUCCAAACGCACAGCUCCACCUCCUCACAAUUUCCCGAAGAGCGAAUACGAACAUAAAUCGGAUUUUGAGGUGUUUUUGCCAGACCAUUUCCGACAUAGCCAACCUUCUAAACCUGUUUUUUGGAUCAAUUGUGUCGAUUCCCGUUACGGUACGAUGAGUUGCGCCACGAUCAACCAGCUCUCCGGCGACAUUCCGUUAGUGAUCUCAAUUUUUGACUGUGGACAUAAGUGGAAGGGGUCCCUUCGCCAACAGCCCACAAGUGAGGGAGGUCCCUUCGCCAACCGUCCAAAAAUGAACAGGAUUGGAGCACAGGCUCUAACUAUUGCAUGUAUGGUUCUGGGAGCUGCUAAAGGGCUAAGGUUUAUGGAAUGUUGUACAUGGACUAAGUGUUACUUCGCGUUCUGGACAAAACUCGCAUUAAAACAGAGUUACCUGUGUGUUUGUGUCUUUUAUCUUCAAAGAAAAACACAAAAGUUGACCUCUGCUGGCGAUCUUUCCUCUGAAGAUCCUUCAACGUUCACGCUGCUCAAACACUAG